AUGAGUGAAAAUCUAGCUGGUGUUACUUUUUUAGCCUUGGGGAAUGGAAGUCCUGAUGUUUUUUCUACUUUAGAAGCUAUGAAAAUUGGAUCAUCAAAUUUAGCCAUUGGAGAACUUUGUGGUGCUGCUUUAUUCAUAACAUGUGUCGUUGUUGGUGGUAUGUCAAUAGUGAAACCUUUUAAAGUUGUCAAAAAACCAUUUAUAAGAGAUUUAAUCUUUUUAAUAUUAGCUAUAAUUAUCACAAUGAUUUUCCUAAGUGAUGGUAAAAUAACAAUUUGGGAAUCUUUAAUAAUGUUAUUAUUAUAUGUUAUUUAUGUUGUAUUUGUCAUAUCAUGGGGUUGGUUAACUACAAAAAAGAGGAAACAGGCACUGAUUGAUCAAAAAAUUAGAAAUAAUUAUUAUAAUGGAUCAUCACAAUCAAUGGCACAAUAUCAAAUUGAUGAAGAUCAAGAAGUUAAUGAUGAAGAUAUACUGAAUGGACUAGGUUCGAUGCCUGGUAUUGAAGCUCUUGAUCAUAUAGAGACAACUACAGAAGACCUCAAUGAAUAUAAAGAAUCACAUUCUUUGAUAAGACCUUCAAUUUUAGGUGCUUUAGAAUUUAAUAAUCAAAUGCAAAAUUAUUUUGAAGAUAGGGAAGGGACCAUUAGACUGGAUGACAAUGAUGACCAAAUACAUAAUACAAAUAUAUCAUUGAAUCCAUUACCUUCAAGACUGAAAACUUCACCAACUUCACCAUUUAUUGAUCAUGACGAUGAAUAUAGUACUGAUAGGUAUCAAACUGCACCUGCAAUGUUUAUUGAUCAUGAAUAUAGAAAUUUAGACAAUUUAGAAUUUCUUGAAUCACAACCAGAUUUUGAUAAUGUUCAUCAAAUAAUCAAAACAAGAUUGAAAAAAAUAUUUAAUAAUAAUGAUUCUAAAAGUUUGUUUUUUAAAAUUUUCUCAACACUAAAGAAUUUCCAAGAGAAAUCAAAAUUUGAUAAAGUUUUAAAUUUAUGUGUUCUUCCAUUAGUUACUAUAUUGAAAAUAACCAUUCCUGUUAUUAAUGAAGAUUUUGAUCUUACUGAAUAUAAACAUAAUGGAUUCAUAUUAUUCAUGAUCCAAUGCAUUUUCACACCAUUCAUUAUAGGGUUUUUGAAUUUUUAUAAUGAUGAAUGGAAUUAUAAAUUUAUAUUAAUACCCGGUUUAAUAUCAAUAAUAUUAAUUGGUAUAAACAUUUUCAUGAAAUCCAUUAUUAUCAAAUCUUCAUCAGAAUUACCUUUUAAAUUAAUCAAAAUAAUAUGUUCCUUCUCAGGUUUUAUAAUUUCAAUAUCAUGGAUUUCAACAAUAGCAUCAGAAUUAAUUUCUAUCAUAAAAUUUUUUGCAAUUUUAUUAAAUUUAUCAGAUGCCAUAUUGGGUGUUACAAUAUUUGCUAUAGGUAAUUCAAUGGGGGAUUUUAUAUCAAAUUUCACAAUUGCAAAGAUGGGAUUUCCUAUGAUGGCAUUAUCUGCAUGUUUUGGUGGUCCAUUAUUGAAUAUAUUAUUAGGUAUUGGUAUGAGUGGAGUUUUUGUGAUUCCUAUGAAAGGAAGUCCGAUUGAAUUAGAAUUAUCAAAUACAUUGAUUGUUGGUUCAAUAGCAUUAUUAAUUAAUUUGGUUUUUUUGUUAAUUGUGGUUCCUUUGAAUAAAUUUGAAAUGAAUCAAUUUACUGGUUGGUUCAUGGUGGGUAUUUGGAGUGUUGCUACUUUGAUUUGUGUCUUGUUAGAGAUUAUAACAGCAUAA